GUUGUGCUUUGCCUUGGUUUGCCUCUUUAGAUUUUUUUUGCAUUUUCAUCAUCCUGUUCCGGCGAGCGAGCGAGCGAGCACCCCUUUACUAACCACACAUACACGAUCCAACAACGAGUGCUUCCCAUUAUACGCAUGCCCAGCAUCAAGGGCAACAGCAACAAGGCCCGCCCGAAACAGACGCAGCGACAGCCGCACCCGCACCUGCACCCGCAGCCACAAUCGCAGUCACCAGCAGAAUCGAUAGAUGAGCAGGAUGUGACUUUAAACCAAAUGAUAUCGCUCAUUGUGUCUCCGAUUCCGCGGCUUGAAAGGGAACGGCACCCGCGCCUUACCAAAACGGACUAUGAAGGAAUUGUCGCCAGAUGCCAGCAACUAGAGCGCCGAGUGUUUCCAAAGGCAGAGGCAAUGGAUCUUGGCAAAGAGCUGCACAAACCAAACCAGUUUCUGUUUGUUGUCUUAAAGUUUCAACAUGCUGCACUCUCUACCGCCACCUCGCCCUGCUUCCAGCUUGUAGCAUACGGUGUGUUGGCGCUCAGCAAAAUUGAUUGCACGGCAAGGAUAUCUAAAAUGUGCACUGACCCUUGCUUUAGGAGGCAGGGAGCGGGCAAGCUUUUGCUAUGCAGCAUGCUGGCGGCCCUUGGAAGCAAUCAGGUGCCCGAUCCUGCCAUUUCGUCAUUAUUUUUUCACCCAGGCUCCGGAUUCCAGAUGAAUGUCUAUACCGCGCAGCUUCAUGUGGACAGCGACAGACAUGAUGCAGUCGGGCUAUAUUCCCAGUGCGGAUUUGUCACUAAAGCCAAGAUUCGCGACUACUAUUCGGUUGGCCGCGAUGCACUGCUAAUGACAGCCGCUGUGUCUCUGACUUCUGAGCAUGAAUGAAAAUACAAAAUGGCGGGGCAACAGAAUAGCGGGAUGGCAGGAUGGCAGGAUGGCUGUGCUUUUCCACGUGCUUAUACCCAAAAGCUCGCCACACCCGCAUAACAGCAGCUACGAUGUCUACAAUCGGAUUGCCAAUGGCGACCAAGCGGUCGUCACGAUUUAAGCGCUUCUCGUGGAACAAAGCCAAGGAUGGCACCUAUCCGCCACUUGCCAAACACAGAGUCACUGCAGUUACCAGCAGUGCCCACACUAGCUCACAGGCAUUUUC